AUGCCGUCAGAGCCAGAAAAGACCACAGCGUACAACAAGAAGCACAGAGUGAUAGCCACAAAUAUGCCAUUCAACAUUUCAGACGAAGAAGUGCUAAAACACUUCAGAGGAGCAGUGGGCGUGGAAAGACACACAAAAAACGGAGUCGCCACCGGUGCAAUGUUCAUCCAGUGCGAAAACAGCAGCGAUGUCAACAGAUUCAUCAAGACACUCGACAGCACUGAAAUCAAAGGAAGAGAAAUCAAAGUGUCCCAGCUGCACGACAAGGAGGUGUUCAAAGCAAAGCAGAAGUUUGAAGGCGCCGCAGACGAGAACAGCAAAGGAAGACAGAGACGCAUUGAGUUCGAAAACACCCAGAGAAGAAAGCUCCCAGAAGGCGAAGAAGACAGAACUUUGUUCAUCACAAACAUUUCAUUCAAAGACACAGAGGAUGAAAUAGUAGAGGUAUUCGCACAGUACGGUGAGGUAGAGCAGUGCACCCUCGUAGUCAACAAGGAGACAGGUGCUCCAACAGGAAGAGCAUUCGUUCUCUUCAAAGACGCAAGCAGCUGCAAGGAAGCCCUCAAGAGCCAGGUGGUUCUUAAUGACAGAGUUCUUGUAGUGCUGAAGUACAUCUCUCCAGAAGCUCUCAGAAGAAAAGAGCAGGAAAAAGAAGAAAAAGAGAUACAAAGAGAAAAAAACAUAAAAGACAGAAAGGAGGGAAGGCUGGAGCCAAGAGACCCUGAAAAGCUGAGCACCUGCAGAGUGCACAUCUCGCACAUGGACAAGAAACUCACCAGAAAAACCCUAUCAAAAGCAAUUGAAGAAUACUUCCAGGCAAAGCACGAAAAGAAAGUGAAGCUGAGAGGCGUCAACUUGACAGCCAACGCAGCAAAGAGAAACCCUGGAUACUGCUUUGUUACUUUUAAAUUCCCAGAAGACGCAGAGACUUUCCUAAAGGAGCAAAAGGGGCUGCACAGAGAGUUUGGAUACAAAAUGAAAGCAGAGUACGCCAUGGAGAGCAAAGAGUUCUUAGAGAAGGGAAUAAAGAAGAAGCCUUCAAAGAUAGAUAGAAUAGAAAAAAGAAACAGAAAAGAAGCAGCCGCCCAGAGAAAAUAA